AUGAAUUCGUUCGUCUUGAAGGGCAUCGCCAAAUUUGCUGGCAAGAAGAAGAUGGCCGUUGCGGCAGCCAACUGUUGUGCGUCCGACAUACGAUCGUUCUCUGUCAUGGCGCGUGUGGGGAUGAUGAACAGUUUACAGGUGACACUUGACAUUGGCUUCACGAGCUCCAAGAAACUCAUUAUUAAGGAAUUUAAUCUCGGAGUUGCUUACGUUUGCCGCAAUGUUGAAAGUCUUGCUGAGGUUGGUCGCGUGAGGCUGGCGCUUGUGCUGAAACAGACAAAUGAAUUCGGGCGUGUACAUGUCUUGAACCCUUGA